AUGAGUCUAUUAUUAUGGAACUGUCGUGGGCUUGGGAACCCAUGUACAGAAAAUGAGCUUGUUAGAUUGAUACAGGCAAAAGAUCCCUCUAUCGUGUUUAUAGCCGAAACAUGGGCAGACGAAACAAGGCUAGAUCGUACUUUGAGCAAAAUUAAUUUCAACCAGAAGUGGGUGGCUCCAAGGCUGAAUAGAGGUGGUGGGUUAGUAUUAUUUUGGAAAAAUUUUAUUAACAUUGAUGUGGUUGAUUCCUAUAGGUAUUUUAUUGAUAUGAUCAUCAAUGGGAAUACUGAUAAUGCAUGGCGUUUCACUAGUUUUUAUGGAGAACUCGAAACCCACAGGAGGAGUGAGGCAUGGAGCAAACUGAGAAGUUUAAAUAAUAGAAUGAACAUCCCUUGGAUUUGUGGUGGUGAUUUUAAUGAAAUAGUCCGCCAAGAGGAAACGUGGGGUGGGGCUUCUAGAGACUUUAAUCAAAUGAAACUAUUUCGAGAUGUGAUCGACGAAUGUCAAUUUAUGGAUUUAGGAUUUGUGGGUCCUAAAUUCACGUGGGCAAAGCACUAUGUUGAUGGGCAUUCCAUACGAACAAGAUUGGAUCGGUGCAUGGCUACAAAUUCUUGGUUUCAAAAAUUUCCAGGAACUAGGGUACACCACCUUAGUUGUAUGUCAUCGGACCAUUCUCCCCUUCUGAUUAAUCUGUCAGGGCUGCCAGAACCUAGAAAGAAGAGAUGUUUCAGAUUUGAAGAAAUGUGGUUAUCGGAUCCAUCAUAUGAUGAAAUGGUGGAGGAAGUUUGGAGUAGUACAAGGGAUCCAAACCCAAGCACAGCCAUUCUGAAAAAAGUGGCUAAAUGUGAACAAGGAUUAUCAUUGUGGAAUAAACACAAUUUUGGGCACGUGAGAAGGGAAUUAGAGUUAAAGAAGAACCAACUAGUUUUGGCCGAGAAUGAGGCUAUGGUGAGUGGAAAUAAUACUCGGGUUAGGAGCCUAAGAAUGGAGAUUAACUUGUUGCAAGAUUGGGAAUCAAGGAUAUGGUGUCAAAGAUCUAGGGUGUUGUGGUUAAGCAAAGGGGACAGCAAUACAGCUUUCUUCCAUAGUAAAGCUACAAAUAGAUUUAGGAAGAAUUUAAUCAGAGGAAUAAGAGACCGGAAUGGAGCUUGGUUGACCGAUCAAGAGGAAAUAGGCACGUGA